GUCACCUAAAAAAGUACAUGCAAUUGUCAAUGCGCCAAUUCCAUCAAACAUCACACAGCUAAGAUCAUUUCUAGGCCUGUUAAACUAUUAUGGGAGAUUCAUACCCAAUCUGGCAAACAUAGCGAAUCCUUUGAAUGCCCUGUUGUGUAAAGGGAAACGCUGGCAAUGGUCUGAGGAGUGUGAUGCUGCAUUUAAAAAGGCAAAAGAACAAUUGGUGUCACAAAAUGUUUUGACACACUAUGACCCUCAGAAUGCAAUUCGGCUUGCAUGUGAUGCAUCACCUUAUGGCAUUGGUGCCGUCAUUUCCCACAUGCUACCCAGCGGUGAAGAAAAGCCAAUAGCUUUCGCAUCACGCACACUUAGCAAGGCAGAACAGAAUUAUGCACAGAUUGAGCGCGAGGCUCUGGCCAUAGUGUUUGGGGUCAGAAAAUUCCAUCAUUAUCUUUACGGACGGAAAUUCACGCUUUUCACGGAUCACCGCCCCCUUACUACGAUCUUUGGCCCACAAAAAGGAAUUCCGUCUAUGGCGGCAGCACGGAUGCAAAGGUGGGCAUUACUUUUGUCUGCGCACAAUUAUACAAUAGAGUACAAAAGAGCUGAGCAUCAUGCAAAUGCUGAUGGUCUUUCCCGUCUGCCGUUACAAGUAGAACACAGUGAGAAAAUGGAUGCAGUAGAGCUAUUUUACCUCGAACAGAUGGAGAAACUCCCUGUCAGUGCCACGGAUAUCCGACGUGAGACUAUGAGUGACUCAACCUUGUCUACAGUCGUUGAAACGGUCAUAAAAGGGACCCAAGCUGUCAACCUGACUGGUAAUAAUGAACUCUCACCUUUCAUCUCCAAACGCGCUGAGCUGUCCGUCCAACACGGGUGCUUAAUGUGGGGCAUGAGAGUCGUGGUUCCCCUUAAGCUGCAGAAAAGAGUACUGGAGGAACUGCACACUGGCCAUCCAGGAAUAGUCAGAAUGAAAGCCAUUGCUCGCAGUUAUGUGUGGUGGCCUGGUAUUGAUGCUGACAUUGAACUGUGCAUGAAAAUGUGUCAGUCAUGUCAACAAAUACAGAAAAUGUCACCCCAAGCACCCCUCCACCCAUGGGAGUGGCCAAGCAGACCAUGGGAACGUAUUCAUGUAGAUUUCGCUGGCCCAUGUGAGGGUCACAUGUACCUAGUCGUAGUUGAUGCACAUUCGAAGUGGCCUGAGGUGCAGUUGAUGACAUCAACAACAGCAGGGAGGACAAUUGAAGUUUUGCGGAACCUUUUCAGUCAUUAUGGACUGCCUGAAGUCCUGGUGAGUGAUAAUGGACCACAAUUUGUCUCUCAGGAGUUUGUAACUUUCCUGAAGGCCAACCAUGUGAAGCAUAUCCGUUCAGCCCCAUAUCAUCCUGCAACCAAUGGGCAGCCUGAAAGGUUUGUUCAGUCGCUAAAACAAGCAUUGAAGGCAUCUAAGGGCUCUUCCACUGUUCAGAGACGGUUGGAAACAUUCUUGCUGACGUAUCGCAACACACCACAUCCAACGACUAGAGAGGCCCCUUCUAGGUUGUUUUUGGGACGACAACUGCGCACACGGCUGGAUGCCUUGAAACCCAGUGUGACAGCUGCCGUGCGACUCUCACAGACCUCCCAGGUCCUCCGCCGUGCUGGUCGUUCAAAACCAAGACAGUUUGGAGUCGGCGAUGCAGUUCUGGCUCGUGAUUACAGAGGGAGAGAAAGAUGGAUAUCAGGUGUGGUGACGGCUCAAAGUGGUCCAGUGUCUUAUAAUGUGGAUGUAGGAACUUCUGCGGAAUGGCGACGCCAUGCUGAUCAACUCUUGUCCAUUCCGAAUCAAGCAGCUGAAACUCAGGUGACACAACCACCUGACAUCAGUGAUGUACCGGUUCCUUUACAGACCUCUGUAAAUGACACUUCUUCAGCACCACCAACCAGGGAACAGGAUGUUAACAGUGACGCAUCAGAGUCUCAGAUAAAUCAUGGCAAACUCAACAUUCCAUCAGUGCAGGUCAGAUGUUAUCCAGCCAGAGUGAUUAAACCGCCCAAUCGUCUGACAUUAUAAAGCCAUGAGAAACUCCUGUUGAACUGAAAUGUAAUUAGUUAUGUUAGUGAGCCUGUUCUGACAAGGGGCAGAAUAAUCCCCGAACUGGCUCGAGGCAAGAGGCAGU